AUGGCGGAGCGGCUUCCUCCCGCCGAGGCCGCGGGCCGGGUGUGCGCCUUCCUGUUCAGGAAGCCGGGGCGCCGGGCCGCGGGCCGCAGGCAGCGCGGGGAGGGGGCCCCCGAGCCCGGGGACAGCGGCGACGAGGGCAGCUGCGUGGUGCGCCCCGGAGGGAAGCGGGCGGCCCGUGGGCCGCUGGACCAGAGGACACGCGGCAGGCGCCGGAGGGCGGCCCGCGAGGCGGAGGCCGAGGAGGAGGAGGAGGAGGAGGAGGAGAGCGCGGCGCCCCGCGUGCUCUACAAGUCCACGCGCUCCGCCAAGCCCGUGGGGCCCGAGGACAUGGGGGCCACCGCCGUGGCGGAGCCGGACCCCGAGAGGGAGCGCGCCGCCCAGGCGGCCGGUGCGCGCGGCCGGGAGCCCCGGGAGGCGCCGGGGGGCGCGGCGGCCGGCGGCCCGGUCUACCGCGGCCUCCGGGGCUACCAGCCGCGCCUGCAGCCCCGGGACGCGGGCGGCCCCGCCUCGCUGGGCCUGGGCCGCAAGGGCCCCCUGCGCGCGCCCGAGCACCUGCGCGCCACGGUGCGCUGGGACUACCAGCCCGACCUGUGCAAGGACUACAAGGAGACGGGCUUCUGCGGCUUCGGCCACAGCUGCAAGUUCCUGCACGACCGCUCCGACUACAAGCACGGCUGGCAGAUCGCGCGCGAGCUGGCCGAGGGCCGCUACGGCGCCGCCGAGGCCGAGAGCUUCGAGGUGGCGGACGGCGCGGCGGCCCCCGAGGCGCCCUUCGGCUGCCUCCUCUGCCGCCGGCCCUUCCGGAGCCCCGUGGUCACCCGCUGCCGCCACUACUUCUGCGAGGCCUGCGCGCUGCAGCGCUACCGCGCCACCCCGCGCUGCUUCGUGUGCGGCCGGCAGACCCACGGCGUCUUCAACCCGGCCAAGGAGCUGCUGGCCAAGCUGCAGCGGCGCCCGGCCGCGGAGGAGGAGGGCGGGGGAGGCGGGCCUCCCAGCGAUGGCUGCUGA